AUGGACAACACACAGAAUAUCUUCAGGAGGGAGCUGGUGGAUGUUCAGGGCAUCCCUCUCUUCUGGAGCAUAGCUGAGGAGUGGUCCACGGUAGAGUCAUUUGAGGCCCGGCCAGAUGACCUCCUCAUCUCCACGUAUCCCAAAUCUGGAACGACUUGGAUCAGUGAAAUUCUGGAUUUGAUCUAUAACAAUGGGGAUGCAGAGAAAUGUAAACGGGAUGCAAUAUACAAGCGAGUUCCUUUCAUGGAGCUAAUCAUUCCUGGAAUCACAAAUGGUGUUGAGCAGUUGAAAAACAUGCUGUCUCCUCGUCUGGUGAAAACGCACCUGCCUGUUCAACUUCUCCCAUCUUCAUUUUGGAAGAAUGACUGCAAGAUGAUCUACGUGGCAAGGAAUGCCAAGGACGUGGCUGUAUCUUACUAUUAUUUCUACCAGAUGGCAAAGAUGCAUCCAGAGCCUGGACCUUGGGAGGAGUUUCUGGAUAAAUUCAUGAAUGGAAAGGUGUCCUUUGGUUCUUGGUAUGAGCACGUGAGAGGCUGGUGGGAGAAGAGGAAAGAUUAUCGUAUUCUUUACCUAUUUUACGAAGACAUGAAAGAGAACACAAAAUAUGAAAUUCAGAAGCUGUUAAAGUUUCUAGACAAAGAUAUUCCAGAGGAAAUUGUGAAUAAAAUUCUCUAUCACAGUUCUUUUGACGUGAUGAAGCAGAACCCCAGUGCAAAUUAUACCACUAUGAUGAAGGAGGAAAUGGACCACUCUGUGUCUCCUUUCAUGAGGAAAGGUAUUUCAGGAGACUGGAAGAAUCUGUUCACGGUAGCCCAGUAUGAGACAUUUGAAGAAGAUUAUAAAGAGAAAAUGAAAGGCUGUGCACUGCGUUUUCGUUCAGAGCUCUAA